CUCCGCGGUGCUAGAGAGUCGAUUCACCUCCUGCGGAAAAACGCAUUGUUUAUUUGCUUUGGUUUGGACGCUCAGGUUUGUAGCGAUGGAUCAGUAAAUAGGCGAAUGGUUUCUCCUCUGAUUCAAUCAUUUGGCACUGUGGUCUGAUCUGAAUUCUCGGACUAGACAACGACUACCCGAGGUGCACCUGACCAUCAACAAAAGACUCUGCGGAUUCAUAUUUAUCCAUGCAUGUCAUGUAAAUAUAUGGCUAAUUAUAUAUUUACAUAUUAUAUAGAGCCAUACAAAUCUUACACUGUUUUUUCCAGAUCGUGUCAUUUAAAGCUCGAGUCGUCCGAGUGCGCAGCCUCUCCGGCCCGCCUGCGCACAAACACCGCGGAUCUAAGCUGAAUCGGAUCGGAUCAGAUCGGUUUUGGAUGCCGUGGUAAAAGAAAUAAAGCGAGGCUGUGAAGGUGAAGAUGUGGCUACACCCGGAGGAGGUGUUGCUGGCCGGUGCGCUUUGGGUCACCGAGCGCGCAAACCCAUACUUCAUCCUGCAGAAGAGGAAAGGACAUGGAGAAGGAGGAGGAGGAUUAGCUGGUUUGUUGGUGGGGACUCUGGACGUCGUGCUGGACUCCAGUGCACGUGUGGCUCCGUACAGGAUCCUUUAUCAGACGCCUGACUCGCUGGUGUACUGGGCAAUCGCCCACGGGAGCUCCCGUAGAGAGAUCACUGAACACUGGGAGUGGCUGGAGCACAACCUCCUGCAGACGCUGUCUAUAUUCGAGAAUGAGAACGACAUCACUACCUUUGUCAAGGGCAAGAUUCAGGGUAUCAUUGCUGAAUACAACAAAAAUCAUGACAAUAAGGAGGACGACGACACGGACAAGUUCAAGGAAGCCACUGCUAAGUUUCGGAGGUUGUUCGGGAUGCCAGACGAGGAGAAGCUGGUGAACUACUACUCCUGCAGCUACUGGAAGGGUCGAGUCCCCAGGCAAGGCUGUCUCUACCUCAGCAUCAACCACCUCUGCUUUUACUCUUACCUGCUCGGCAAGGAGGCCAAGCUGUUGGUUCGCUGGGCUGACAUCACUCAACUGGAGAAGAACGCCACCCUGCUGCUGCCGGACAUGGUGCGAGUGAGUACUCGCUGCAACGAGCACGUCUUCUCCGUGUUCCUCAACAUCAACGAGACCUUUAAGCUUAUGGAGCAGCUAGCCAACAUCGCCAUGCGCCAGCUCCUGGACAACAAGGGCUUCGAGCAGGAUCGCUCACUGCCCAAACUCAAGAGGAAAUCGCCUAAGAAGGUGUCAGCCCUCAAGAGGGAUCUGGACGCCAGGGCUAAAAGUGAACGAUACCGCACGCUGUUCCGCCUGCCGAAAGACGAGAAGCUGGAUGGACACACAGACUGCACGCUGUGGACUCCUUUCAACAAGAUGCACAUCCUGGGCCAAAUGUUCGUCUCCACCAACUACAUCUGCUUCACCAGUAAAGAGGAGACCAUGUGCAGCCUCAUCAUCCCCCUCCGAGAGGUGACCAUUGUGGAGAAGGCAGACAGCUCUAAUGUGUUACCCAGCCCACUAUCAAUCAGCACCAAGAACCGAAUGACCUUCCUGUUCGCCAACCUGAAAGACCGCGACUUCCUGGUGCAGAGGAUCUCUGACUUCCUGCAGCAGACCUCCUCUAAGAUCUACUUCGAGCGAGAGAUCACAAGCAGCUUCACCAGCUCAGACGAUGAGGUGUACUCCCAGCACAGCAGUCUUCUCUCCUGCAGUCCACAACGCAGCAGUCUGGGCUCAGAGGGCGAGAGCGAGCGCCAGUUCAACCUCAACGACAACAGUGUUCCCACGGCAACACAGGCCCUCAUGACCAUGUACCGUCGUCGCUCGCCUGAGGAGUUCAAUCCCAAACUGGCUAAGGAGUUCCUGAAAGAGCAGGCCUGGAAGAAUCACUUUGCAGAAUACGGCCAGGGAGUGUGUAUGUACCGUACGGAGAAGACCAAAGAGCUGGUGCUUAAAGGCAUCCCAGAGAACAUGAGAGGAGACCUGUGGCUUCUGUUCUCUGGGGCGAUUAAUGAGAUGGCGACUCACCCUGGCUACUAUGAGGACUUGGUGGAAAAGUCGAUGGGGAAGUAUAAUUUAGCAACAGAAGAAAUCGAGCGCGACCUUCACCGCUCGCUACCCGAACACCCGGCCUUUCAGAACGAGAUUGGCAUCGCCGCACUGAGACGAGUUCUGACUGCAUACGCCUUCCGCAACCCCAACAUCGGCUACUGUCAGGCGAUGAACAUCGUGACGUCGGUUUUGCUGCUCUAUGCUAAAGAGGAGGAAGCUUUCUGGCUGCUGGUAGCACUGUGUGAAAGGAUGCUUCCAGACUACUAUAACACCAGAGUCGUGGGUGCGUUGGUGGAUCAGGGUGUGUUCGAGGAGUUGGCCCGUGUGCACGUUCCUCAGCUGUACGACUGCAUGCAGGAGCUGGGUGUGAUCUCCACCAUCUCUCUGUCCUGGUUCCUCACGCUCUUCCUGUCCGUCAUGCCGUUCGAGAGUGCCGUGGUGGUGGUUGACUGCUUCUUCUACGAGGGAAUUAAGCUCAUCUUUCAGCUGGCGCUGUCCGUGCUCGACGCCAACAUCCACCAGUUACUCAACUGCAAGGACGACGGAGAAGCCAUGACGGUACUCGGCAGGUAUCUAGACAGUGUUACCAAUAAGGACAGUACCCUUCCCCCAAUCCCACACCUGCACUCUCUCCUCACUGAUGAUGGAGAGCCUCAUCCCGAGGUGGACAUCUUUAAACUGGUCCGCAGCUCCUAUGAGAAAUUCGGCUCUAUUCGGGCGGACGUGAUCGAACAGAUGCGUUUCAAGCAGAGGCUGAGGGUCAUCCAGACUAUAGAGGACACGACUAAACGCAACGUGGUUCGAACUAUAGUAACAGAGACAGCGUUCAGCAUAGAUGAGCUGGAAGAGCUUUACUCAUUAUUUAAGGCCGAACACCUGACCAGCUGUUACUGGGGCGGCACGAGUAACCCGAUGGACCGUCAUGACCCGAGUCUGCCCUACCUGGAGCAGUACCGCAUGGACCUGGAACAGUUUAAGGGGCUGUUCUCGGUGCUCUUUCCCUGGGCCAGCGGUACACACACCGAUGGCCUGGCUGUCCGCUUCUUCCGCCUGCUCGACCAGAACGCAGACGCUCUCAUCAACUUCCGAGAGUUCAUUAACGGCCUCGGUGUCCUGUGCCACGGUGACCUGACUGAGAAACUAAAGCUCCUCUACAAGAUGCACAUACUGCCAGAUGUACAUCAUGAGCAGGAUGAGCCAGAUUCGGCUUUUGAGGCCACACAGUACUUCUUUGAGGACAUCACCCCUGAGACUUCCAACGGCCUCGUCUCUAAGAGCAGGAGCGAGAAAGAUGACGGAUUUGUCAGAGUCACGUUCAAGAAUGAAAAAGUGAAGAAAAUGCAGACGCCGGAUUAUCGUACGUACCUGCGCCUGUGGAACCAGGAGACAAAAUCUAAAACCGAGAACAUGAAGGAUCUCCCAAAACUCAACCAGGGUCAGUUCAUCGAGCUGUGUAAGACGCUGUAUAACAUGUUCAGCGAGGACGCUAAUGAGCAGGAGCUGUACCACGCCACAGCCACGGUGACCAGCCUGCUGCUGGAGAUGGGGGAGGUGGGAAAGCUCUUUUGCAGCCCCUCUAGCAAGGAGGAUGAUGCCGACGAUGAGGAGGAGGACGAAGACGAGGAGCGGGCCACCACCGUAAGAUGCAGGAAGCAGCAGAGGACUCGGGAGGAUUCGUUAAACCGCUCCGUUGAAGGCAAGAUUCCCAACACGGCGCCUAUGGAGGACAUCAAGCUGGACGAAUCACCCAAAGACACAGGUGCAUCUUCGGCCAUGCUCGUCUCAGAUGACGAGACCAAAGACGACACGUCCGUGUCCUCGUACUCGGUGCUGAGUGCCGGCUCACACGAGAUGGACGAGAAGCUUCAGUGUGAGGACAUUGCUGAGGACACGGUGCUGGUGCGCAGUGGUGCCGGAGGAGAGGGGAUCCCACACAGCGCCAGUAUCGAUAAGGACUGGGCCAUAACUUUUGAGCAGUUUCUGGCCUCUGUGCUCACUGAACAAGCUUUGGUGCGCUACUUUGAAAAACCUAUGGACACCGCGGCUCGCAUUGCGAACGCUAAGAACGUGCGUAAGGCGGGGCAGACGCACACGUCCGUCAGCGAUUAUGAGAUCUCGCUCUCGGGCUAAACUUCUGGAUGGACAGUCUUACAAUACUGACUGAUGUCCUCCGCGUUUACCUUUAAAGUUUACGUCAACGUUACAAACAUGCACAAAAUGAGACAGGCCACAAACUCAAAACUAGUUUUCAACACCAGAGAAAACGUUGCAAACCCAUGUCUUUUAAAAAAAAAAAAAAAAAAAAAAAAAAAAAAAUGCUACAAAAGGUCGAUCCGUAUUUCAAACUGAUCUCCAAUCCGUGUUUAAAGAUCUGCAUAUGUACACACACCGCCAUCAUCUCGACUACCUUUUUCUUAAUCUAUUUAAAUCCUGUAUAUUUCUCUGAGACACUGGAUAUUUUAGAAAGGAAACAAGUGGCUCUUGGCUGCGUAUUUUCGUUAAUGUGAAUUCACCCUGAAGAGUUUGAGAUUCUGGAUCAGAAGGACUGUGAAGGAUCUUCGCUUUUGAAACAGGAACGAACAGAUUCUCAUCUUUUUAAUCUGUAAAAAGCCAGGAAGGACUUGCAUACAUAUUAUAUGCUUGGUGUACUUUAUAUGGAGUAAUAAUGUUGCUAUUUAACAGUAUGUAAUACAGGUAGACUGUGUAUAGUCGUGUCAUGUCUACACUUAUAUCGAUCGCCUAUUCAGGGAGUGACCAGUCCUCGUCUUUGAGACGCGAAAGGAACUUGGUUAAGUCGACUUAAAGGAAUACGUCACUCAAAAAGUGCUGCUUUUGGGAUGCUGAACUGUUUGGGUUUGGCUAAGAGAAGCAUUUCUGAGUGACGCUGUUCCUUUAGCACGGUGAUUAUAUUUUGAAUGUAGGACACAUGUGAAGCCAUGAGACUGGAAGUGGAUGAAGAGAACAGAAAUGACCGGAUUCCCUGCUUUAAAGACGAAGCAUGACUGAUUCGUCUCCGAUUCAACUCUCUCCUGUCGGAAAUCACUACAUUAAUGCUUCCAGACAUCUACGGUCUAUGGCUGUGUCUCCUUAUUUUUGACCAAUAAUGCACUAGAUAGAGCGCCUAAGGCUUGAACAGUGCAAUAUGCGUUGAAGAGGAAGCAGUCUAGGAUUCAUCAUCUAUCCACUUUGCUGUCGGUCAUAGUUCUGUUUCUGGCACCUGCACUUUGAGUUCCUUUAAUUCUUCGCUGUAACCCAUGUAAUGAUGUACUGUAUUUUACCAUACCGAUCUCACUAACUCCUUUAUCUCAUACAUAACACACCACAUAACAACCUUUCUGAAGGUUUACAGUUUAUUUUCCUCCUUUCUUUCCUCACCAUCACACGCAUGUGGCAUGACGGUCCACUAUCACGUAUGCUUUUAUGUUUUGUUUUGUUUUGUUAAAUCAUUUUAAUGCUGCUGUUUUUAGUAGUUUCUCUGUGAACUGUUUUAAGUGUCCCGUAAAGAUUUGCUCCAAAUAAUUAAAAAGUACAAAAGAAUAUGUACUAUGCUACCUAUCGAAAA